UUUUAUGUUUUGAGCAAAAACCCUCUUCCUCCGCCCUGAAACACCAACCAUGCGGCGUUUAUUCAGUCUCGGCGGCGUCACUCGCCGCAACUACAUCCUCUGCCGCCAAUACAAAGCGGCAAAGGCAGCAAAGGCGCCGUCACCGGCGACUCCUCCAAAAGCUCCAAAGAAGCCACAAAAGUUCAGCUUCCACGGGAUGACAUGGGAGGACCCUUACAGCUGGAUGUCGAAGCUAAACGACAACGUUUCAAUGCGUCACAUGGACGUGUACAUGGAGCAAGAAGAGAAGUACACAGAGGCAGUCAUGUUCGAUUCAGAGCGCCUCCUCAAUAAGCUCCAAUUGGAAAUGGCCUCACGAAUGCCCUUCGAGCUUUCCACUCCUCCCCUUCGCUGGGGCCCAUGGUUGUAUUAUCGACGUGUUGAAGAAGGAAAACAAUACCCUGUGCUCUGCAGAAGAUUGGCCAGCUUGCACGAUGAUUUCAUUUCACAUAAGUAUCCUUCUGCUGGAUUUGAUUUUACUACGGGGAAGAGAAUUGAGCAGAAGCUGGUUGACUAUAAUCAAGAAGCAGAGAGAUUUGGAGGUUAUUCUUAUGAAGAACUGUCUGAGGUUUCCCCGAACCACCAGUUUCUUGCGUACACUAUGUAUGAUAAGGACAAUGACUACUUUAAGUUGUCUGUGAGAAAUUUGAAUUCAGGUUCUUUGUGUAGCAAGCCUCAGGCAGAUCGAGUUUCAAACUUGGCAUGGGCCAAAGAUGGGCAGGCAUUGCUUUAUGUUGUAACGGAUCAGAAAAAUAGGCCACACCGGAUAUACUACAGUCUGAUUGGAUCAACUGACGAAGAUGUUUUGCUUUUGGAAGAAUUAGAUGAAAAUGUUCACAUCAAAAUAAGACACACAAAAGACUUUCAAUUUGUGACUGUAAAUACAUUCUCUACCACAUCAUCAAAGGUCUUUCUAAUAAAUGCAGCUGAUCCAUUAUCUGGCUUGAAACUAGUUUGGGAAUGCGAUGCACUAGCUCACUGCGUAAUUGAACAUCACCAAGGUUACCUUUAUUUAUUUACAGAUGCUCCCAAAUAUGGGCAGUCGGUUGAUUAUCAUUAUCUUCUUCGUAGUCCAGAUGAUGCUCCUUCAAUUCCAAGAAAAUGGGAGGUAGUAUUUGUCGAUGACCCAGAUUUGAUUGUUGAGGAUAUUGAUUUUAGUGAUAAAUACUUAGCACUCAUUGUAAGAGAAGGCCAAAAUUUUAAACUUUGUUCAGUUAGACUGCCAUUGCCCUUUGGGAAGGGGGCAGUUAAGCUGAGGAAGCUGGAACUACAGUACUUGUCUCUUCCACAACAUGUUUGUCAAAUAUCACCUGGACCAAAUUAUGACUUUUUCUCAUCAGUCAUGCGAUUUAUAAUAUCAUCACCUGUGAUGCCUGAUGCUAUGGUUGAUUAUGACCUGGCAACUGGUAAUUGGAACAUCAUUCAGCAGCAAAAUAUGCUUCAUGACAGAACGCGGAUAUUGUAUGGUACAAAUUCUGCAAGUAUUACCAUGGACUCCUCGAAUUCUAAAUGCUCGAGUCCUAUGAACACCAACUUGGAAGAUGACCACUUAUGGAAUGACCUGUCUGAGUUUUAUGCAUGUGAACAAUUUGAUGUCCCUUCAUUUGAUGGGGUUUUGAUUCCUUUGACUGUUGUUUUUUCACGUAACAAUAAGCCAGAGGAUAAAAAACCUGGGAUAUUGCAUGGACAUGGAGCUUAUGGUGAGUUACUUGAUAAACGGUGGCGCAGUGAAUUAAAAAGCCUCCUGGAUCGUGGUUGGGUCAUUGCCUAUGCUGAUGUUAGAGGUGGAGGUGGUCGUGGUAAGAAAUGGCAUCAUGAUGGGAGAUGUACAAAGAAACAUAAUUCAAUCAAUGAUUAUAUCUCUUGUGCCAAGUUCCUAAUUGACAAUAAUAUUGUGCAUGAAAACAAAUUGGCUGGUUGGGGAUAUAGUGCUGGAGGACUUUUGGUUGCUUCAGCCAUUAAUCGCUCUCCAGAUUUAUUCCGUGCUGUUGUCUUGAAGGUUCCUUUUCUGGAUCCAACCAACACUCUUCUGUAUCCCAUCUUACCACUUACUGCUGUUGAUUAUGAAGAAUUUGGCUACCCGUGGGACCUUGAUGAUUUUCUUGCAAUUCGAGAAUAUUCUCCAUAUGACAAUAUUCAAAAGGAUGUUCUUUAUCCAGCUGUAUUAGUAACUUCAUCUUUCAAUACACGAUUUGGGGUAUGGGAAGCAGCAAAAUGGGUCGCACGAGUUCGUGAUCUUACAAUUUAUGACCCAAAAAGGCCAAUAUUGCUGAAUUUGUCCACAGAUAUAGUGGAGGAAAACCGUUAUUUGCAGUGCAAGGAAUCGGCUUUAGAGGCUGCAUUUCUAAUUAAGAUGAUGGAAUCUUAGAUUUUCCUACUGAUCUUUUUCUCAAAUCUCUGAAAUGUAGUUGGCAGUAUGCUAAAACAGCCAACGGAAUUGACACGAGGGCCUUUGCCGGUUUAUCAUGCAUGUGUAAGACCUUAGGCGCUUUCUGAAAGAAUUUGAAGUUCAUUAUAUGUAAUGUCACAAAU